CAGAACCUGCCAGGCAUGCAUGGCGAAAUACUAGGUAUGGGUCUACAUUCAAGUUCAACCCGCGCAUCAAUUGGAUGAAAGCGCCUCCAUUGUUUCUAGUUUAGCGUUUGAAAGGACCACAGCCUCGCGAAUUUGAAGAGGAGAGACAGGCAUGCUGACGAGUUGAUGUGGGAGCCUAAGUUGUAAUGAGAUUCUCCUUGUAGGAAGAAUUCCGGUGAAAGAAACUGAAAAGUUGGACGGCUGCAGGACAUUUGUUGCAGGGACAUGGGUGUGAAGAGUCCCAAAAAGAAAGGCGGGAAAGGGGGCAGGGCAACUUCCGACAGCGGGCCUGCCAAUGAGCACCCUGCAAGCGGUGAAGCUGCGCCUGCUAAUCAUGUUCAAGAGAAUCAUGUAUCUCAAUCUGCUGACAAGGCACAGUCGCAGACUGAGAAUGGACCCUCUGCGGCACACGCUCCGAAUGGAUACCCAGAUGUCUCGGAGCUGUCGAGCGAGGAGCUUCGACGAGCAAGGGAUGGUUUAGAAAACCUGAGCCUGAAAGAUGGGGUUAAACUUGACCCUGAGGGGAAGGAGGCAGUGGCGUUGGCCGAGACGCUGGUUGACGUGGGGCCAGCGGCCGUGCGGGAGCACUACCCUGAGCUCUUCGCAGAGCAACGCGACAGGUCUGAGUCGUUCAUGGUUGAGGAUUCAGAGUCAGACCUGCGAAGCUCAGACUCGGAAGAUGUUUCGGAUGAGGAGGCAUCUGCGAGUGAUGCGUCGGAGGAGGCCGGCCACGAGAAUGGAGGCAAGAAGAAGAAAAAGAAGAAGAAGAAGAAGAAGAAGAGGACGGCAAGCGACGCUGAGGUCAGGGCACACCACUCUGAGAAUCAAGUGCCCCAGGAGGAAGCCGAAUCGAGGUACAAGCAGGCUCUCGAUGGCCUGCUGGCGAACGAUGAUGUCAUGCUGUGGGUGCAACUAAACCAGUGCCGGGUGGGGGACAAGAAGCUGCGCAAGUUGUCGGACGCACUUUGCGCGAAUACCGCCGUAACAUCUGUCGACCUGUCGCACAACCAGAUCACCGACAGCGGAGUUGAGGCUCUCGCCAACGUUCUCUCUAGCGGGUGCGCCCAUGACCUCAUCGCGCUGGACGUUCGGGGGAACCCUCUGUCGGAUCGGGGACGAGGACUGCUCACGAAGCUUGCCAAGGAAAGGAAACAGAUGAAGAUUGAUUUCGAGGGCUCCGAAGAGGAAGCCACUUCCAAUGGGUACAUUCCCCCUGACGCCCCGAUCCCUAACCGGGGGGACACCGGAAACGCACGCCCCUCCUUGAGACUGCCUAUCGGGCCCGGUUGGACUUCCCCUGGAGAAGGAUGGGACCCCCCGACCAGCGAGGGAUCCCCUGGGCGCUCUGGCGCGGAAAACGGGUGGUCGUCGUUAGGGGAAGGCUGGGGGCAGCCGACCGGUUGGGAUGAACCGGAGGGGAGGGUGGUGGACGGGCAGCCGCAGGGCAAGAUGCCGACCCCGUAUGAACGGGUGGAGGCAGCGCUUGACUUCAUUCGCGACUACCACCAGGCCGUUGCCUCGCUCGAUCCCGACUACCACGCCACCGUGUUUGCCGCUCUCACGGAGAAGCUGCAGGACGCAAUUCUCGCCCUUCAAAUGGAGUUGAAUCAGCACCUCGACAGGAUCACGCACGCUGCGUCGAUUGAUGAGCUCCCAGAGGGCUUUGCUGACAUGACCAAGAGCAUCCCCACAGUCGUGGCGUUGCUCGACCUCCCACCCCCCGUUCCCUCCGUGACCACUCAACGAAAAGAGACAAACGCCGCUUGCGGGCGGCUCCGGAUCACCACCAUCGAAGCAAUCCUUAGAUUGAUCAUUCCCGGGUCCCCCCUUCUCGACGACCAACUCGCCCCUACCAACGUCAUUUCCAAGGUGUUGGCUCUCUUCCUCGACUUCCCGUGGAACAACAUCUUGCACGGCGCCGUCGGGCGGCUCUGCGCGCUCGUCGCGACCCGGCCCGCGUCCCCGCUUUUCCACCAGCUUGUACGAAACGGGGAUGCGGGGGCCGAUCUCCCGGGAGUGUUGGCGCGGGUCGGAACAGAAAGCGCGGGGCUUCCGAUGAGAGAUCGAAAAGGGUACUGCGGGCCAGCCAUCAAGCUAUCCAAGCUGAUUGUCGAAGCCGCAGAAAAGGACAACGCGCUCCGAUCCCUCCUGGACGCAAACGACGCCUGGUGUGAAUACACCCGGCCCGGGGGGCCAUUCACAUCACUGGCGGCGGAGCAGGAAGGGGACCUGGGGGGUCCCCGACCGACUCCACUCCCAGCCGUUGAAUUGGCGCAGUUGGAGAUCCCGACUCCUACCAUGGAGAAACUACGGCAGCUUGUUGUCUCGACCUACUCAAAUGCAUGGACAGGCCCUUUCGGUAAGAAGAAAGCAUGAGUUGACCCUGCAGAACGGUAGUACAGUCAGGGACAGAGGUUGAGCGGAAGACCCUCCAAUCAGUCAAGGGUAUCUUUCCUUCCGUGGGAGCAUGUUGCUUCGGUUUUACUUAAGACUGCUCUUUGAUCAAGCAGCACAGACUCCCAUGAUGGGAACGCACCGGUUGCACGGCGACUUGAAUAAAAUUUCUCCUUUCUGACGAACUCGGAAGUGCCCCGUUCUUGAUCACAUGAAAUCAGGUGUCUGCUGUCAGCAAUCAUAGAAGGUCAAGAACUAGCUUGUCAUAGCAGCGGACUGCCGUCAAGUUUACCUCCAAGAGUUGCAUGGCGGGCACGCGUGGCAAGACUUGGUUUAGCAACAUCUGUGCGGAAGGAUGGUGUACAUUAACUUAGAUUGAGGGUAUGGUCCGGCUGCAAAAGUUACGGUCUAACUUAUUCUGCAGCUUGUUACUUCUACGUGGCCAGCUUGAAAAGCGUUGGACUUUUUCGCAUUGCUAGAAUUACACCAUGCAUUGCAAUGGUUUAGUGAACAUGUGAACCCAUGUGCCCCGCGGUCAGAUUGUCGACCAACAAAGCCGGG